UUUAGGAUUACAAAAAUGUCCUCCAAUACCAUGGUUUUUGGAAUAUCCAUUAAUAGUAGUAUCAUCAGUUUCCACUUUUGUCAUAAUAAUUUCAGUUACUUUUAUUUUGUCAGCUUCUUCGUCUUUGUUGGGGAGUUCAAUUUCACUACUACUACUACUUAAAAUGAACUCACACAUAAACUCCAAUCUCGAUUCUUGUUUUUUUCUCCAUUUGUCUUCUAUAACAAGUGAACAAAUAAAUUGAUCAGAAAUUUUCUUGAACCUCUUCAGUCUUUCUUGGACUAAGAGAAGAAAAAUGGUAAUUAGCAGUGUUGUGAAAGUAUCUACAGUAGCUAUGGUUUCUUUAGCCAUUUGCAGCAGCUAAGUUGCGCGGACUCUUCACUUUCGAUGCCGCACCCGUGUCGGAUUCUCCAAAAAUACACUAGCUUUGGCGAAUCGGACACGCACCGUUGACAUUUUUGAAGAGCCCGAGCAACAUAGAUGUAAAGUUAUUUGUGGAUUGGAGAAGCAUUUGUGCUAGUACUAGGCAAAAUUCCCAAACCCUUUAUUCUGUGCGAUCAUCAGGUGCGAGUUUGAUGGUCGCGUUGGAUGUUGGAUUGGGAAUCAGAAAGGAAAAUGGAAUAAACUGGCUGCUGCUGCUGUUCCGGCAAGUACAAAGGCACCCAAAUUCAGAAUGAGCAUUUCGCCUAUGGCUUCCUCCACUGCUCUAGCAGAAACUCAAUGGUCGUCUCGAGCCAAGUUCUAUACGGAGGUUUGGGACUAUAUUUCUUGGUUAUAUGCUGCUUUAUAUACCAAGUCGUGAAGUUAAAAUGGCGAUUUGAUACUUGUUUAAUCAGUCGAGGUUUUGAAAGAUGCUAGGGAAAAGUUUAUGCAGGAGAUAUCGUUUCAGUCCAAGGACCAAGAUAUUUCCCUGUCAAAGGCUUUGCUCUACAUUGCUUAUGAAGAUGAGGCAUUUAUGACUUUCAACCGGGAAAUGGAUGCUUAUUCACUCCAAAAUGAAAGGAGAUCUGCUUCGUUGGCGUCUGAUAGCCUGGACUGGAAAUGCGUGGAAGCCAUGCCUCUGGAUGGGAAGAAUAUGAGCGAGUGGAUGGCUGAAUUGGAUUCCAUUGCAAGGGAAGUUGAGGUGGAGCUAGUUCCGCGAGAUAUAGGAUGCCAUUUGGUUGAAGUUUUGGAUGCAGUGAACGUGGUUCUUUUUAAGUCUAGGGGUUUCAAACGGUCAUCUGUGAUAUUGGACUCGAAAUGUUCAUAUCUGCAUUCAGUGUUAAGCUCUGGAUACUGUAGCGCAAUUUUGCUUAGUGUCAUUUACAUCGAAGUUUGUAGAAGACUUAGUCUGACCAUUGUGGGAUCUCGAAUUGGAAAAGAAUUCCUGAUAUGGCCCCAAACCGGAAACCCUGAGGAGCUAUUCAAGGUUACUUCUGGUCACAGCUUGUUUGGUAUUGUUAACGGCAAGUGCGUCAAUGACCCUAGAUCAAUGGCCUCGGACAUCAAUAGCAAUUCACUGUCGGAGCUUGAGAUUGCAACAAACCGAGAUAUUAUCGGAAUUGCUUUGGCUAAUCUCAUGAGGAUUCACUGGAAAUGCGCGUCAAGAGCAAAUCAUGGUUUGAUGCUGACUUCUCCACUUAGGUCUGUGGAUAAGUCUGACGAGAAGUUUAACAAGGCCAAUCCUUCACGUGUACCUUUGCUACGGCCUCAAGAUUUGAGGCUAGCUAUUAUGGCUUCGCAAAGAUUGCUGAUUCUGCAGCCGCACAAUUGGGCUCUGAGGAGAGACCACGGAAUGAUGUUGUACUAUAGCAGGGAAUACGAGGAGGCUGUCCAGGAGCUCAGCAUUUGCAUGGUUUUUGCGCCAGAAGAAGAGGCUGAAGUUCUAGAGGCAUUUGUUGAGAAGUUACACUUGUUGCGGAUCGAGUCAUCAUGGAAGAAUCAGGGAUGUACAGGUCGGUUAACGGUUACUUGACUUGUUUGUACAAAAGCUGAGCUCUUUCUGGCUUGUUACUAAGCCAUUAUUAUAGAACUUGUAUAAGAACACAACCUAUAGAACUUUAGCUCUAACUUCCUUUUUGACUUGUGUAAAUAUUUUCUUUGGGCCAAAAAAUAAUUCUCAGCAGUCUUGAGGCAGUCGUUUAA